CACCCAAGCAGAAGAGUCUCCAUCGGCGGCUUUAACUGGCUUACCAUACACGGGAAGCACCUGUGAAAAUAAACACUAAACGGGACCUUAUCGUCGCCCUCGUCGGAUAUGGAAGCGGCAAACCCCUCCAGCAGUCACUGCAGUUAUGAAGACUAUAAGGAGACAGCGGACUGGCUGCUUAACCGUACAAAGCAGCGUCCCAAAGUGGCCAUCAUCUGUGGUUCAGGCCUGGGCGGUCUAGCUGAUCUGCUGGAGGAGAAGACAGUGUUCAAAUAUGAGGAUAUUCCGCGUUUUCCCACCAGCACUGUGCAGGGUCAUGCAGGGCAGCUGGUGUUUGGCAAGCUGAAUGGCUGCGAGUGUGUCUGUAUGCAGGGGAGAUUCCAUUUCUACGAGGGUUACAACAUACAAACGGUGACUUACCCAGUGCGAGUCUUCUAUCUGCUGGGUGUGAGCACUCUGAUUGUGACAAAUGCAGCAGGAGGACUCAAUGACACCUACAGUGUGGGAGACAUCAUGCUCAUUAAAGAUCACAUCAACAUGCCCGGAUUUGCAGGACAGAACCCUCUGUGUGGGCACAAUGAUGAGAGGUUUGGAGUGCGGUUCCCAUGCAUGUCAGAUGCAUAUGACCGUGACCUGAGAGCCCUGACCAGAAAAACAGCAAAGGAACUGGGCUAUGACAGCUUCCUGCAGGAAGGGGUAUACUGCAUGUUGGCUGGCCCAACAUAUGAAACCAUUGCUGAGUGCAAACUCUUGCAGAGGCUGGGGGCUGAUGCUGUGGGUAUGAGCACAGUCCCGGAGGUGGUGGUGGCUCGUCACUGUGGCACACGUGUCCAGGAGGACGUGGCUCCUGACCGUCGCUUACGUGUCUUGGGCCUGUCCCUCAUCACCAACAAGGUUGUGACAGAUUAUGAGAGCAAUGAAAAAGCAAAUCACACAGAAGUGCUGAAGACUACUGAGCGCAGGACUCAGGAGCUCCAGAAUCUUGUGAGCCGCCUUAUAGCCAAGCUCUAGUAACAUCAUCUACAAUCUGAUGGACCAAUAGAACAUUUUAGGCCUUACAGUCAAAUUUGUGGUGACAGAAUAAUCAUAGCUUUGAACAAAAGGUAAAAAUGGUGCUUUGGGGGAUAGAUUAUUAUUUCCUAUUGGGUAAAGUGGACAUUUAGGAGAAGUUAUAAGGUUUAAGAUUUUAAGGGAUUUAGCACUACCUCAGCAAGAGCUGCACAAAUCAACAAAUGUGAUCCAGGAAACGUAAGCCUGAAUCCAUGCAUUCAUUCCAAUGUUUCAACUUUCCACAGUCUCAGAUAUCACAGAUAAAUAACUGUAAUAGUAAUACUUUUACAACCACCGGUGUGCAUUUCUCUCCUAAUGUAAGUGCCGCAGGGUAGCUGGGGUUUUCCCUGUACUCCCUAUUAUUAUCACAGUGGCAGCAAAUUUCAAUCUGGGUCCUUGUUGAAAACCAGACUUGAGUAUCUGAGUGAAUCCAAACCUUUAAGAUUUGAUGGUUAGUUUACGCCUUCCUUCCUCUCUCCCACUCAUAUUUUUGCUGCAUGCAUGCAUGCAUGCUGCAGUUUGUCUUUAGCGAGAGCAAUGUGAGCAUCUACUACCUAUGAAUCCACCAUUUAUCUGUUUCAGGUGCAUGUGGAAAACCCUAUUAGCUUAUGGACUGGACUUAUCAACUGGCAUUAUUUAGUGGUUUCUUCUUGUUAAGGAUGCACUUUUAAUAAUUAUUUUACCUGUAAAUCAAUGUGGGCAUAUUUAUUAUACAUUUUAAUCAAGAGUUUUAUAUUUCUAAGCAGGCAGACUACAUAUCUAUCCAAUGUAUUUAUCAUAUAAUACUGGCCUACAAAUAAAUAGGCCAAUCUCUGAUAUCAUUCCUAAUAUUUAAAGAAGAAAUCAAUGAGUUUCUUAAAAGUUUGUCAAAAAAUGAAAAGCACAUGGUUUUAGUAAUCUCUUACUGUAGAUCAGCAGUUACAGUUAUAUAUAUAUAUAUAUAUAUUUAUACCAUACAUAUAUCAUACAUAGAGAGAAAUCUAACUAAUCACACAAAAAGCACACGGUAUAGUCUGAAAGAUAUACCAGCAGUCUUGUUAAAUGGUUGUGAUGUGUGAGGGUUUUUUUCUUUAGUGGACUGCUUUAUUUGCACACUGUGAGGCCUUAACACUGUAACAUCAGAGAGGGCUGGAAUACCUGCAGUUUUCAAUCUUUUCUGUGCUCAUCUGGAACAAGUUUGCCUGCCAGCUUGUCUUGACCAUCUCAUUCACUGGAAAGGCCGGAAAAAUACAAGCUCAGCAGUCCAAAUUUGGCAAUUUGUUUUAGUCUCCGGUUUUCUGGUCUUUCUUGUGGUUGUACUUUAUUGGAUGAAUUAACCGUUAUGUGUUGUUUGUUGAUCUUAUUUAAAGUACUGAGGUCUCAGGUUAGAAUUGUAUUCACUUAUAUAACAAUGCACUCUAGCAAAGCAAUUAUUUGCCACACCAGCUUUUGCUGCUAUUAAAUAAAAAUUUGGAGAUGACAUCUGGGUAAUUGCAUUUUUUCUUUGCCAUGGGUAACUGCACACAUUGGUCAUUGUUUGUGUGUGUGUGUGCGUGUGCAAGCAGGCUACUACAGGGGUACAGCCCAAAAUCAAUCAAUAUGGAAGUCAGUUUCAAGGAGAAAAGGACUUUCUUCCUCUUUCAACGAUAAUGAGGUUCAGUGAACAGCGAGAUAAAGGCAAACAUAGCCCCAAACAAAGCACACACCUCAUCAACACAUCUACACACUCUCUGUCUGCAGCGCCACACUCUUUCAAUCCUUCACUCUAAACAUACUUCAAACAGAUGAGGUCAGAGUCAGAUUGAGAUAAAGCGAAAAUGGCUGUUCCGUCCACCCUACCUCUCCACUCUCUUAUAUAAUUCAUCUACAUACAGCGUGCAGCCGUCUGUGGAGCUGAAAUAUUAAUACAAAUGAGCCCAAGAGCCAAACAACACACCACUGAGCUUGAUUGUAUUUGCACAUACUCGUAAAAAAGAGUCGCAACUUAACUGCACAGCAAAACACAAGACAUCUUCAAAGAUAUGUAAGAUUCAAAUAGCUCUCUCUCUGCUUUGGGAUGAGAGGAAGUGGAAACGGGACACAGAAAAGCAUAGAUGAUGGGAGCGACUAAAAGAGAAUAAGAGAGGAGAACAAAGUGCUUUGACUCUUCAGUCUCUACGGCUGCUGACAGGCUUCAUCUGUAAUGUAAUGUUGAUCUAUCUAUUGUUGCUGUGCCAACUGAGGCUGGGGCCCGUUAUUGAUUAUUAUAGGGUGAAAAGAGAAGCUGAGGAAAUAGAGCGGGACAGCUCUGCUGAGUUGACACUUUUAAACACUGUCACACAUUGUCACACACUCAGCCUUUGUCUCACUCACACACCCUGUGCCCUUAUAGACUGUCAUGUACCUGUGCUCAUAUCGGGGCAGCAGUGCCCCUCCUGUCCUGUUACUGAAUGUGACUCUUACAAACCCGAGGAACAGCGUUAGUGAGGGAAUGUCUCUGCUGACUUUCACACGCUGCCUCCAAAUCGUGUCAGCUGCCAGCAGUGUGUCAGCACUGUACCAGUGUGCAGGGUGGAGCUGGAAAAUUACUGCUCCAACUCUGUGGGGAUGUGACAAGUCAAACUCAGCGCUGCAGCUAAUGGCGUGGUUUAUCUCAUUUUAUCUGGAUU